AUGGUGCCGGGCCGGGCUGUGCUGGUGCUGCUGGUGGUGCUGGUGCUGAGCCCCCCGCGAGUGUGCGGGGCUGGGCUGGAGCCGGGGCCGGGGCAGCCUCGGAGCGGGCAGUGGCUCUGGGGGGCGGCGGGGCGGGCGCUGCCCCUCUCCCGCGGGAAGAGGGACGAUGGCGGGCAGGACCCCGGUGCCACCACAGCCACACCGGGGCACAGCCACGCUGCCACCGCGCUGAUCAGCAGUGACCAGCCCGAGGGGGGCUCUGUGGCACCACCAGCACCCGGCACCAACGCCAGCCUGCUCCGAGUGCCAACCACAGCCGAUCCCGUGGAUGAGACCGAUUCCCCUGAUCCCGACCUGCUGCUGAGCUCUGCACCACCAGCACCCAGCACCAACGCCAGCCUGCUCCGGGUGCCAACCACAGCCGAUCCCGUGGACGAGACCGAUUCCCCUGAUCCUGACCUGCUGCUGAGCUCUGCGCCAUCACCAGCAGUGCCCAGCACCGAAGCCAGCCUGCUCCGGGCACUCACAGUGUCAACCACAGCUGAUCCCAUGGAUGAGACCGACUCCCCCGAUCCCGAUCUGCUGCUGAGCUCUGCAUCGAUGUCUCCCAGCACCACUGCCAGCCUGAACCGGGCACUCACAGUGCCAGCCACAGCCGAUCUCGGGGAUGAGACUGAUUCCCCUGAUCCCGACCUGCUGCUGGAGCCCGGCACAUCGGCAGCUCCCCAAAGGAGCAUCAGCACCACCCCCAGCUGGUUCACGCCGCCUGGCAAGGAGGGGACAGUGUCUGGUGGCACGGACAGCACGUCCUCCACAGGGCCACCCUCAACAGCCCCCUCAGCCCUCGGCCCCACCACUACGGGGUACAGGAAAGUCAAGAAAGCCGGAGCUCCCCCUGCACCCACCCGUUCGGCCCCUGGGGACACGACACCGACGGCCACCGCGGUGCCCUGGGACCCCAGUGGGGUGAUGGGCAAGUGCCUCCUGGCCAUCCUACUGCUGGGGCUGGUGGCCGCCACCUUCCUGGUGAGCACGGGGGUGCUGGGGGCGCUGCUGUGGCGGCGGGCGAGGACGGGGCACCGCCGGCUCAGCCGCACCGAGAUGGUUUGUAUCUCGUCCCUCCUGGCCGACGCCGAGGCGGCCGCGGAGCCCCGGCCUGUCCCCGCCCGGCGGCACAAGCGGCUGCACGACGGCAGCGCCGAGCCCGACGGGGACAACCUGACUCUCAGCAGCUUCCUGCCGGAGCACUCCUGA